GUAGUAAAGAUGGAAAUGUCGAAAGUAGGCUAGCAUUGAAGUUAUUUGAAACUCCAUAAGGAGGCCAUUUGAUCGGCGGUGCAAAGGGAAUUGAAUUGAAAAUGAAGGCGUGGAUUUACAGAGAGUACGGCGGCGUCGAUGUAUUGCAGCUUGAAUCCGAUGUUCCACUACCCCAAAUCAAUGAUGAUCAGGUCUUGAUCAAAGUUGUUGCUGCUUCUCUUAAUCCCGUCGAUUUCAAGAGACGCCUCGGCUUAUUCAACCUCACCGAUUCACCUCUCCCUAUUGUUCCGGGCUUCGACGUGGCCGGAGUGGUGGUUAGAGUUGGGAGUGGAGUGACGAAUUUUAAGGAAGGAGAUGAGGUUUAUGGAGAUAUAAUUGAGAAAGCAUUUCAAAAUCCCAAACAGAUCGGUAGUUUAGCAGAGUACACAGCUGCUGAAGAGAAACUCUUGGCUCUUAAGCCCAACAACCUUCAUUUUGUAGAGGCUGCUUCCCUCCCUCUCGCCCUCGAGACCGCCUACGAAGGCCUUGAAAGGGCCGGUUUCUCCGAGGGCAAAUCCAUCCUCGUCCUCGGAGGAGCCGGCGGUGUCGGAUCGCUUGUAAUUCAGCUAGCAAAACAUGUGUUUGGUGCAUCGAUGAUUGCUGCAACAGCCAGCACUUCGAAGCUGGAAUUGGUGGAGAGUUUGGGUGCAGAUUUGGCUAUUGAUUACACCAAACAAAAUUUCGAAGAUUUGGAUACCAAAUUCGAUCUAGUUUAUGAUGCAGUUGGAGAAAGAGAUAGAGCGAUGAAGGCGUUGAAGGAAGGUGGUAGUGUGGUAGUGAUUGAUCCAAACGACUCUACGUUUGUCUUAACCUCGAGUGGGGAGUUUUUAAGGAAAGUCGAUUCGUAUUUGAAGAGCGGAAAGGUUAAGGCAGUGCUCGACCCAAAGGGACCAUUCUCUUUUGACAAGGUCAAGGACGCUUUCUCGUAUCUCGAAACAAAUCGAGCUAUAGGAAAGGUUGUGAUAUAUCCAAUUCCUUAGAAUGAUUAUCCUCGGAUUUAUUAGGGAGGUGUCGAAAAAGUUGAGUGUUAAGACAUGUUAUAAGUGAAGUACUCCAUCCGUUUCAUAGUAAUGGAGGCGUUUCUUUUAAGACAUGUUAUGAGUUAAGUAUAUCCAAUAUUAUCUUUUUAUUCUUCGCA